GCGCGAUCUGGCAAAUUCUCUCUGUCCCAGCAGGCAAUGCACACACGGAGAGCGUACGCAGUGUUCACAGGCUAGGACAAGCUAGCAACGGAGGCGUGUGUGCUUUUCAAAACAUUCAAGAAAUAAAACCUAUAGUUUAUCCAAAAGAAGUCAAAGAAACAGGCUACGUGUCAUCAACAGGAUUAGGGAUGGAGUUCCCUGUGGACGUGUUGGGAUCAGUGAGACAUGAGGAGGAGGAGCAGGCAGCAGAGGGCUACAUGACCCAGCUACGAUACAUCAUCCCCGACAAGGCCGAGAGCUUUACCCUGCCCAGCCACAGAAUGAUCUGUAUCAGUCUGUGUAACGUUGGUUUAGUUCCCAUCUAUGGAGGAGACCUGAAGCAUAAGAUUCUGGCCCUGUUCGCCCCAGAGGACCAGCUCACAGCGGUAGCUUUGUUUCUGGCGGGUCAGUGGUGGUCUGUCGAGGACAUCCUCAGAACCUCCGACCCCUCCAGAACUGGCCUCCUCAAGGUGAGGAGUCUUGGUGAACGGAUCGUCCUGUACAUUCUGAACCGUAUCGUGUACCGCGUGGGUGAGAUAGACAAACCUGAGGUGCCCUUCCUGUGCCACGGACAGAACCACUUCGCCAAGCUCCUUUGGAAGGAUGGACACGCUGUCGGUUUCUACUCUGUCAAACCCAAAGACAGCUUGUGUAAUGGCUUUGUAACCCAACGCUACCAGCUGCCUGUUAUGGACUCCAUCUUUAUCAGGAAGUGUCAUCGUGGAAACCGUCAUGGUCUGCAGAUGCUGGAGGACUUUGUGGACUCUUUCAAAGAUGACCAGCUCGGCCUGAAGUACCCUCUCUCUCUAACCAUGUAUAAAGUGUGUGGCCAGUAUCUGUGUCGGUACCCAGCUGACCAGGACCUGCUGUGGGUGGUAGAGGGAGUGGGAGGACCCUACCAGAGAGAGAGAGUGGCCAACAAGAUCAAAACACUGAAGGUGGUGCUUCCCGUGGUGACGGCUAAUGGAGAUCACCAAGCAGCCUCUCUGGACAGCACAGACAUCAACAUGGAAGAGGGCUCAGAUAACUGUCUGGACAUCACCGAGGAUGUUUUGGUGCUGAAUAAGCCCCUCAAGUUAAUAGAAGCCCUGGACGGCACACCAGUGUCAACACAUACCUGGACUAGUGGACCUAAAAAGCGUGGCAGAGAAGAGAUGGAAGACUCUGAGGAGGAGAGCCAGCCUCUGAAGAUGAACAGAUUGGAGCAGGCAGAGCCCACCACUACAGCUGUGGAAGAGGAGGAGGAGGAGGCAGAGCCCACCACUACAGCUGUAGAGGGAGAGGAGGAGGAAGGAAGCAGGGGGGAUGAGACAGAGACUGGAGAAGCAGAGGCUGCUCUGUCCCCUAUAAAGGAGGCCAAAGCUCAGGAGGCUGAGGUCAAAGGAGAACUGACUGAUGACCAGGGAGAGGAGGAAGAGGUUGCCACACAGGAGCCUGAUGCUGUGCUGGAGAACAGAACGACAGAGGAAGAUGUGGAAAUGGAAGAGCAGGAUACGAAGGAAGAAGAUUACAUUGAGGCUAAAGACACCGUAGAUGCAGCUCCUGUGGCAUCAGAGGAAUUGGCUGAGACAGAAGCUGUGGUGGAGAAGGAGGCUCCUCUCCUGUUAGAAGAACCAGCCUCUGCUACAGAGAAGUCCACUCCGCCUGCAGAGCCAGCCCCAGCAGAGCCCUCCCUCUCUGGGGAGGUGAUUGAGGAGGCAGGCGAGGCCGCAGCUACACCCAUGGAAGGAGAGGAGGUAGAGGGAGAAAAGGAGGGGGAGGAGAAAGCAGUGAAGGAAGAGGAGAAAUCCAUGGAGGCGGCCAUCACAGUGGACAGCAGUAGCCAGGAAACAGUGGUCCAGAUAGGGGUAGCAGACCUGUCCUACCAGCCUCCGGAGGAAGGAGAGAACCAGCCUCUCACAGAGGAGGAGGCAAGAGAAGAGGUCAAAGGGGAUGAAAAGAAAGAGGUAGAAGAGAUGGAGAACGUUACAACCACAGAGGAUGAGAAAGAGGAGGGAGAGAGUGAGAGCUCAGACGAGGGUGGCGACGGUAAGGUCCUUUGGAGGAGAGGCAGUGGCCAAGCGGCGGUGCCUAAACAUAAAUCUAAGAGACUGAGCAGAGUGGUCAUGGAGCCCGAGGAGCAGGGCACAGAGCAGCCGGAGGUCACGGAGGAAGAGGAGGAGGAGGAGGAGGAAGCUAGAACGACAGAGGAGGAAGAGGGGGCUGUAAAGAAGAGCUUGGCUGAGGAAGAGGUGGAGGAAGAGGAGCAUCCACCAGUGAUUGACCAGAGAGCAUUGAGGAGGAAGAGCCGACAGGUCCAGGCUCCAAAGAAAGUCAAAGGGAAACGACGCAGCAAGAUCUAAACACAGCAUAUAUAAAAACGCACACAAAACACAUAUUUAGAGGUGUGCAGUAAGGGAUGUUUUCUACCUGCUUUUAGGGUUUGUAAGGCAUCUAAAGUUAACAUGUAUUAUCUCUGUACAAUGUUGUUUAGAUUUUUACUUUAGGUCGUUUUAUGAAAGGUUUAAGUACAUGAAUACUCAAUACUCUGUUGCAAUAAGUCAAUGUGAAGUCUUUUUAAGGUUCAGAAUUGAUUUUAUUCUUGUUUUUAUUGCCUUGCUCUUUCGGUACUGACUGAGAUUGAGUUUCACAGGCCUGAUGUGGUAGUUUUGAAGAUGAUUUUCAUUCUCUCGCCUCGUCCUUCACUGAGUCUGUGGUUGUUAUAUUUAUACUAUUUACAGUAUUUAAAGAGUUUGGGUUGAAAUGCACCUCCUUAGUUUGGAGAUGUUGGAGGAGUUAUUUGAUAAAAACAGUCAUUGAAGUUCUGUUCCAAUGAAAGCCAGCCGACCCAGUUGCUCUCGAAGACCAGGUUUUCCUACACCCCCUGUUUUAUGACCAGUCACUUGUAUUACGGAAUGAAAUGUUCUAAAAAUACCUGGGGUUUUCUCCAUGUUGUCUGAUCUCUUCAGAAGUGCUGAAAUAAUUUUUAUUUAGGAGAAAGCUGUGAAUGAACGUCAAUUAUAAUAUGUAAGUUGCACGGCACAGAUGCACACAUGCACAUUGAUAUAUAAACAUGUAUACACACAAAUAUAGUAUUUUGUGAAUAUACCCAGUAACUGAAAUUAGAAUAGGAAAAAUAGAUUUGGUUAUUAUUGUUCUUGCCCAAGUAUAAUUCAAGAUUAUAAUUUAAACUUGAUCUUAUAUCUAAUAGCAUGUUUAAUUGCAAGUGUAUUGAUUUUAAGGGUAAAAUAUGUAUAUUACAGUAAGUAGAUGAUAGCAGAAUUGAAGUGAAUGUGACUCUAUAUACCAGUGAUAUUUUUGUUAUAUACACUGUUGUAUAAUGGCACAACAUUCACUGUUUAGAAACACAAAUUUGCUACACAAGUUGAGCUAUUUCUGCGUGAAUUUGAUGCUGUCAUUGACCGUGUCGCUUCACUGGUAAAGGUACGUUGAGGCAAAGAUAAAGCAGAAUCUGUCAGUGGGCUGUUUAUGUUCCAUGGCUAUGGGUUAAUAUAGUGCUCAAAAAAAAUAAAGGGAACACUAAAAUAACACAUCCUAGAUCUGAAUGUGCUGACAACAAAAUCACACAAAUUAUCAAUGGAAAUCAAAUUUAUCAACCCAUGGAGGUCUGGAUUUGGAUGUCAGAAUGAGGCUCAGUAGUGUGUGUGGCCUCCACGUGCCUGUAUGACCUCCCUACAACGCCUGGGCAUGCUCCUGAUGAGGUGGCGGAUGGUCUCCUGAGGGAUCUCCUCCCAGACCUGGACUAAAGCAUCCGCCAACUCCUGGACAGUCUGUGGUGCAACGUGGCGUUGGUGGAUGGAGCGAGACAUGAUGUCCCAGAUGUGCUCAAUUGGACUCAGGUCUGGGGAACGGGCGGGCCAGUCCAUAGCAUCAAUGCCUUCCUCUUGUAGGAACUGCUGACACACUCCAGCCACAUGAGGUCUAGCAUUGUCUUGCAUUAGGAGGAACCCAGGGCCAACCGCACCAGCAUAUGGUCUCACAAGGGGUCUGAGGAUCUCAUCUCGGUACCUAAUGGCAGUCAGGCUACCUCUGGCGAGCACAUGGAGGGCUGUGCGGCCCCCCAAAGAAAUGCCACCCCACACCAUGACUGACCCACCGCCAAACCGGUCAUGCUGGAGGAUGUUGCAGGCAGCAGAACGUUCUCCUACGGCGUCUCCAGACUGUGUCACGUCUGUCACAUGUGCUCAGUGUGAACCUGAUUUAAUCUGUGAAGAGCACAGGGCGCCAGUGGCGAAUUUGCCAAUCUUGGUGUUCUCUGGCAAAUGCCAAACGUCCUGCACGGUGUUGGGCUGUAGGCACAUCCCCCACCUGUGGACGUCGGGCCCUCAUACCAUCCUCAUGGAGUCUGUUUCUGACCGUUUGAGCAGACACAUGCACAUUUGUGGCCUGCUGGAGGUCAUUUUGCAGGGCUCUGGCAGUGCUCCUCCUGCUCCUCCUUGCACAAAGGCGGAGGUAGCGGUCCUGCUGCUGGGUUAUUCCCCUCCUACGGCCUCCUCCACGUCUCCUGAUGUACUGGCCUGUCUCCUGGUAGCGCCUCCAUGCUCUGGACACUAUGCUGACAGACACAGCAAACCUUCUUGCCACAGCUCGCAUUGAUGUGCCAUCCUGGAUGAGCUGCACUACCUGAGCCACUUGUGUGGGUUGUAGACUCCGUCUCAUGCUACCACUAGAGUGAAAGCACCGCCAGCAUUCAAAAGUGACCAAAACAUCAGCCAGGAAGCAUAGGAACUGAGAAGUGGUCUGUGGUCACCACCUGCAGAACCACUCCUUUAUUCGGGGUGUCUUGCUAAUUGCCUAUCAUUUCCACCUGUUGUCUAUUCCAUUUGCACAGCAGCAUGUGAAAUUUAUUGUCAAUCAGUGUUGCUUCCUAAGUGGACAGUUUGAGAUCACAGAAGUGUGAUUGACUUGGAGUUACAUUGUGUUGUUUAAGUGUUCCCUUAAUUUUUUUUGAACAGUGUAUAUAGACCCUACACCUGGGUCAUAUUCACUAAGCACCAAACAAAAGAAGGAAACCUUAAACAGGGAGGGACUACCUGAGACUGGUUUUAGGCAAAGUGUUUCUCUAUUAGUAUGACUGCUGUUUGUUAGCUCUAGCUGUGUCCAGGCUGGUCAUGUAAAAGCUACAUCGUAAAACACCUGGUGGAUCUCAAUAGUCUACAGGGGUUUUGUCUCCUUAGCUCUCCUUCACUUGCACUGAUCUGAAAACAACUAGAGAUAAGUUAAAGCAAUAUGGCAGAAACCUGCCUGGGGAUUUUCCACUUCCAGAUCAGUGAAGGAGACGAGGAGAGGAUGCCACUGUAUGCACCCCAUUUGUUGAUUGUGGACAAUCAGUUUCAACCACCACUACACUUGUGGGUUGAUUCCUUUACGUAUGUUGCUAUCAUCCACCUGUUAAUACUCCCCGGGCCCCCAAAAUGACCCCGGGCCCCCAAAAUGUGAAUAAAGGCUUAGUUUUAACUCCGAUGUACGGAAUUUACAUAGUUGUGGUUGUUUUCAGUUUGAAUGUGUCCUGGAUAUAAAGCAACAGAGGAGGAGUCAUUGAGCUGCAUUUAGUUUAGCAUGGCCUCUACUAGCGUUUUCAGAUUCAGGUUGAAUAUAGAAGUCACCUCUUGGUGGUGCUCAUAUUCUGCCUUGGCUGCUGUGGUUCCCACUGUCUUCUGUGUCUAGGGUGGUUUAAUCCAGACUUCCUAGAUAUCUACAGGCUUACCCCAGGGCUGUGUUCAGUGGCGUCCGAUGUUACAGAAGGUGAAGAUGGAAAGAGAUUCUGUUAGCUGGGCACAAGACAAUCCUGUCUGCAAUGUUCAGCACGCGGCACCUUCCUGAACGUACCCUAAUACUCUUAAGUCUUAAUCUUACCUCAUUCACAACCAAUAGCCAGAAUAUGGCAGGUUUUAGUGUGUCUGUUCCAAAUGGCAAAUUAUUCCCUAUAUAGUCCACUAUAAUCUUUUAUUUAACUAGGCAAGUCAGUUAAGAACAAAUCUUAUUUAGAAUGACGGCCUACCCCGGCCUUACCCGGACGACACUGGGCCAAUUGUGCACCGCCAUAUGUCACUCCCAAUCACAGCUGGUUGUAAUACAGCCUGGAAUCGAACCAGGGUCUAUAGUGAUGCCUCUAGCACUGAUAUGCAGCUCCUUAGACCGCUGCGCCAAUAAAAUAAAUAAAUGGUGCACUAUAAAGGGAACUGGGUGCCAUGUAGGAUACACUUACGUUUCUUCUGUUGAAUGUUUUCAGUGAUCAGUUUGUGGUUGGAGAGAUGUGUUGACACCAAUGUAAGACAUCUGCUAUGGGAGUGGUUUCAUUUCAGGGACUGAUACGGUUUAAAAUCAAUCAAUUCAGGAGAAGAAUCUAGAUGAAAUGAAUGAAUUGAGUGUUUACUUUCCUAUGAUUUCAAAAGAAAGAAAAAUGUGUGCGUUUUAUUUAAUGAUCCCUGCCUGUGUUAGGGACCUUGUUUUCCGUGUUGAGCUUUAACUAAUAAGUAGAAUUUCAAAUCACCUGAAUUCACUGAGUUAUAGCAGAUUUAAACUAAUUCCUGCAUCUUGUGAUGUUACUGGACAUUUACUAUUGGUUCGUCAGCUGUUUUAGUAUGGACUACUGUUUAUCUUAAUAUAUCUUACUGAACGUCUUUCAGCCUAUGAAUUCCUUGUAGUUAAUAAACUAUUUUUUUCUGGAA